AUGUCUCGAAAACCACCACCGCAAGAUGAUUUGGAAAUGAACCAGAUGGCUCAAGCCGAAUUGGUGAGAUUACAAAGACAAUAUAGAAUUAUGGAAGGUGAUCGACAGUCCUACACAGAUGAAAUGAAGUUUUAUCUGGAAAAGCAAAGGAAAGUGAUUUAUGCUUUAGAGAAGGAAAAGGACGAACUGAUUACCAAUUUAAACAUUUCAAAAUCCCUCCACAAUGAAUGGGAAAGUAACAUUCAAUCGCAAAGACUUCUUAUGCUUUUAUCAAAACAGGAUGAGCUCGAAGACCAAAUAAAAACAGAAAAAUCACAGCUUACGGAAUUGGAAUCACAAAUAAGAAAGGUAGAAAGAGAAGUUUUAAACUUGAAGAAGAAAGACAUCCCAGAACUUCAGCUUUGUGAAAAGGCCAUUGAAUGUGCAAGGAACAUGGAUCUAUUGGAAAACAGACUUUAUGUGGCUACUGUAAAUUUAAACAAAAUGCUUACAGGCAAUGGGAGUUUACGGCAAGAAAUUAAUCAUUUACUAAAAGAAAGAGCGCACUUCAACAACCUUUAUCAAAUGUUAAUCGGUCAAUUCACUACAGGGAAAAAAAUCAUGUUGGAUCUCAUAGAACAAGCUACAUUAGCUUAUGAUCAAAGAGAAGAGGCCCAAGCCAAACUGCAAGCUUUGAAAGAAAGAGAUAGGGCCGAUUUGCUACUGCACAGUCAAGAAAUGCGAGAAUUACAAAGGAGAUUUGACUUGGACUCAAAACUUCAAGAUUUUCUUGGGAUAAAAGGUCAAAAGAGGAUAAUGGCUGAUUUAGAGGCUAAGGAGGCAGUCAAGAAACAACAACAAAAAGAAGCGACAGAACAGCUUAUCACAACGUACAACUCAAUACUGGAACAAAUCAAGGAGUUUUCUGGUGAAAGUGAUGUAGACCGACUGGCAGCGAGGUUUUUAAAACAAGAGGAAGAAAAUUUUACACUCUUCAACUAUGUCAAUGAACUCAACAAUGAGCUUGAAGUUUUGCAAGAGCAGACAAAUGAAUUGAUGUUGUCAAUAGACGAACAAAGGAACAUCAACAAAGAAAGAGCAGCCCAGCAACAGGAGACAAUCACAUCCUUAACUGAGAUCCUGGAUGCCAGGACCAAGGACACUCAUGAGGCUCUACAGGGACAGAACUUGAGCAUAUCCAUCCUGGACGGACUACUCAAGGGAGUUGAAACUCUCUUCUCUGAGAGCAGAUGUGACAAAGCUCCAAUCCUUCACCUACUAGGAGAAGAAGCUUCAGUGUCAACAUUCAACGUGAUGUUGUUCCUUGGCAUCAUCAACCAGCAAAUAGAAGACUUGAUGAUUGUCCCUGAGCCAGUCACUCCAGUCCAACAAUCUGCUCGUAGUAAAGCUACACCUCCCAGCAAGACUCAUUCUACACUCUCCAGUCCACUGUAA